CGGAGUCACUUCCUGCUGGGUGGAUGAGGAGGAGCUCGAGCUGCCGCGGAGGAUCCCUAGUAGAGGCGGACGGCGGCGGAGAGGAGGGCGAAAAUGAAAGCAGGCUGUAGCAUCGUGGAAAAGCCAGAAGGAGGUGGAGGGUAUCAGUUUCCAGACUGGGCCUACAAAACAGAGUCAUCGCCAGGCUCCCGGCAGAUCCAGCUGUGGCACUUCAUCCUCGAGCUGCUGCAGAAGGAAGAGUUCCGCCAUGUCAUCGCCUGGCAGCAGGGAGAGUAUGGGGAGUUUGUCAUCAAGGAUCCAGAUGAAGUGGCUCGCCUCUGGGGCCGCAGGAAGUGCAAACCACAGAUGAACUAUGACAAGCUGAGCCGGGCCCUCAGAUACUAUUACAACAAGAGGAUCCUUCAUAAAACAAAAGGGAAAAGGUUUACUUACAAGUUUAACUUCAGCAAGCUGGCGAUGCCCAACUACCCUUUCAUCAACAUCCGUUCAAGUGGUGUGGUUCCUCAGAGUGCACCACCAGUGCCAACAGCAUCUUCCCGCUUCCAUUUCCCACCCCUGGACGCACAUUCUCCUAGUGAUGUGCAGCCAGGGCGCUUCUCUGCUAGCUCCUUGAGUGCUUCUGGCCCUGAGUCAGGUGGUACCACUGAUAGAAAGGUGGAGCCUUUGGACCUAGAAGAUGGCUCAGCAUCUGACUGGCACCGGGCCAUGGAUUUUAUACCCUCUCGAAAUGCUCUUAGUGGAGGAGGGAUUGGCCACCAGAAACGUAAGCCUGACAUAGUGCUUCCUCUCUUCACUCGGCCAGCAAUGUACCCUGACCCCCACAGUCCCUUCGCUAUCUCUCCAGUUCCUGGCCGUGGAGGUGUCCUAAAUGUCCCCAUUUCACCAGCCCUGUCCCUGACGCCCACCAUGUUCUCCUAUAGUCCCUCACCAGGCCUGAGCCCCUUCACCAGCACCAGUUGCUUCUCUUUCAACCCAGAGGAAAUGAAACACUACCUUCAUUCUCAAGCCUGUUCUGUGUUCAACUACCAUCUGAGUCCUCGGACUUUCCCCCGCUACCCAGGGCUCAUGGUCCCACCGCUGCAGUGCCAAAUACAUCCUGAGGAGUCGUCCCAGUUCUCUAUCAAGCUGCAGCCCCCACCAGCUGGACGGAAGAACCGAGAGAGGGUGGAAAACAAUGAAUCCACACACGGCUCUGCCCCAACCAGUGUACCUAGUCCCUCUCGAAUCAAGGUAGAGCCCAUCUCUGAGAAGGAUCCCGAGAGCCUCAGGCAGUCGACCCAAGAAAAGGAAGAACAGUCCCAAGAAGUGGACGCUGUGCGGACCAGGACCGUUGAGGAGGGGAAAGGUACAGUGUUUGCCCACCCCUCGCCCCCCUGGCCCUCGGUCCCCGUUAGCAUCCCCAGUGAUGAAACCCUAGAGGGGACUGAAGACAAUGAGGACAGGUCUGGCAAGGAGCCCAGUGUUGCUGAGAAGAAAGAAGAUGCACUGAUGCCCCCCAAGCUCCGACUGAAGAGGCGAUGGAAUGAUGACCCUGAAGCCCGGGAGUUCAGUAAGACGGGCAAGUUCCUCUGGAAUGGGUCAGGACCCCAGGGCCUGGCUGCAGCAGCCACUGCUGCUGCUGAUGCUUAAGACCACAGUGGAAGGGAAGCUGUUCAUAUUACAAUCAGAUACACGUAUUUAUGUAGCAAGAUUCUGGGGUGGGAGGCGGGGUUAAGCUGGUUUGAUAAUUCUGGGGCAUGGACUUGUACUUUUCUGUUGGGGAUGACUGUCUUGUGUUGUACAUUAAGUGGGGUAUAAACACACUCUUUUUUUCUUGGUGAGUAGGAUGUAGGGAGGGUAUUGAACUGUGGGGGAAGGAGCUUGUUUCCUGUUUAAGACUCAUUUUCUGCCUGACAAGCUCCAUAAGAGCCCACUUUGUAGUCCUGUUACAGUUCAGGACCCAGAGUUUUUUCUAUUGUAUUUAUACAUAUAGAAAGCCAAUAAUGGUAUAUUUUGCUCUGAGAGAGAGAAAUAAAGCUGGGAUGCUGGGUGGUAAGGAACAGUUAACAGCGUGUUAACUAAGAUAUUUAUUUCAGGAGAGAGAAAAUGUAAUUUCAGUCUUCCAGAAGUGGGGACAUUUAGAUGUUCUUCCCUCCUUCCCCCCCCCCCCCCGUUUCCCUCACUGGAGCACACGUACAUGUGUUCUCUCUCUCUCUCUCUCUCUCUCUCUCUUUCUCACACACACACACAAACACGCCCCCCUACACACACACACUCACACAUUUGGCUUUUUUCCCCUUCUUAGAAAAUGUUUUCAAGACUUGAGUAUACUGCAGUUCCAAUGGGCGGGGAGAGCACAGGAGCUCCUGGCCCCUCGGCUCCAGAGCUGAGGUGGGAGGAAGCCCUGCUACAAGCUCCUUGACCGUCACCUACUUCACCUGUUACAAAGCCAUGUGGAGUUGUAAACUCUUGAUCAGGGAAGAAAGAAGAGGGCAGGAGGAGGUAACCCAAUGCCUUUAAGAACCAAACAGAUGACAGAAUCAGUCUUCAUUUUUCUUGUUCCAUUAUCUGUUUGGGAAACCAUGCCGAGUGUAACUGAACAAGUUUUAUGAGGAGCAGGAUAGUGCCGUUGAAGAUGCUUUUCUGUUUUGUCUGGUUGUCUUACUGUUUCUUAAGUGAAGCCUUAACUAUGAACAUGCAUUAAGAUGAUACGGGUCUGUCAGCUUAAACCUGUAAAGGGCAUAAACACUGUUGAGAUAACCCAGGAAUGUUGAGGCAUAGUCGACUUCCUAGCUGAGAGUUAUUCCCUCUGAUGUUACCAGGCUGGGUGCAAAGGGCAAGAUUGUAGGAAUGACUAAGUGCAGAGUAGCUGGGAACAAGUGUUGAAACUGAAGGAAGAGGUAGGAAGGUGGUAACCAGGGGCCUGUUAACCACAAGCUACCAGAUGCCACAAGGCCCUGUGGUGGUGUUGCCAUCCUUGUGAUCCCCAUUGCCCAAACUGUUCUGCUCAGUUUACUAUUCACAAAAUGCAGGUCACAGAUGGGAACCAUUUCUGUGUGGGAAAUUCCCUUACAAAAUUUCAAAGAAAUGGGAAGAUACUGAUCUUCUGUGAAAUGAAAUGCUAACCGAGGAGCAGAGAGAAAGCAGCAGCAGCCAGCGUCCUCUGUGUACACUUGUGCCUGGAGUGGCUCAGGGCAGCGGGAAAAGUCAUUCCAAUCUGCUGAGGCAGGGGAUGGCAUUGGGGCAUCAGUGAUUGCUGAUUCCACCACCUUAACCUGGUUGAAAACUAUGUACCAGGUAAUACUUGAGUGUUAUCUUUUGAUGGUGGGGUGUUGGUUUUUCUUUAACUGAAGCGCAUGCACAAAAGGAGCUCAGGAGACAGCAGCCGACUCAGGAUGACUUAAGGCCAUCAUUGCUCUUUCUUAAUGAGUGUCUUGUCGCUUGGUCCAGAUUCCAUACAUGAGCAACUGUCUUUCCCCAGGAAAGGGACUGAGGUCUCUGGUGACCCAGGCUUUGGUAGGGCCACAAAGGACUCACCGCUCCUGCUGUCCUUGUGGCUGUGUUUGAUCUGCUUCCUUCUCUCACCCUGCCUUACCUCUGAAUCUAAAGCGAGCCCAGCGACUAGAGGAAGGCUCUCCGCUUGGUGCUGCCUGUCAGAUCAGGGAGGCCAGGUGGCCACCAGUGUCCGUGUAAACUCAGGAAUAGAAACGUGGGGCCUUUAAAAUGAGAGAAGGAAAGUCCAUGAUGCAUACCUGUAAUCCCCUAAAACCCAAGUGCCAGAAUUAAUCCCUAGAUGCUGCUUCCAUUUGAAUAAAUUCACUGCUUUUACAUUUGAAAAAAACAUUCAGAAAUGUUGAACUCAAUGAAAAAUGUUUUUGGACUUUUACUAAACUAUGCUGUUUCCUUUGAUUGCCAUUCCACUCGUAAUGUGUUGGUUGAUUGGCACUGCAAACAGUUGGAGUUUGGAUUUGGAUCUGGGGAAGGGUCUGUCUAAAUAGCAGAACUUGGGCUUGCUCAGGAAAUGGAGCAAUCAUUAAUAUACUUACUGGAGCAAAGGAAUGAGAAUUUGUUCUCUCCCCAGCCCCCUCCUGGCACUUCCUGCCUCCAGCCUGGUGUGGAAGAAGGUGGUCGCCUGCUGUGGGCACAUCCUUAUCCAGCAGUAGAGAAAGGGGGUAGAAGCUGGAUAUACUUUCUCUCCCUCAUUUUUUUCCUUCUAAAUUUUGUUGUGCCAAAUGUGUAAAACUUUGUAGGUGUAAAUCUAUUGAAAUUUCACUAAUCAAGAGCUUGUUCAUUUAAACAGUUUGCUUUUUUUAGCCAUAGAAAAAGAGUAGCAAAUUCUCAGGGCGUCGGCAUUGCUGAGCUCGCUUUUUUUUUUUUUUUUUUUUAAGUAAAAUAGAGACAGAUAUAGUCCAUCUCCCCUAGGUGUCAGGCUGUUCUGCAUUAAACCCAGCUCAGUAAUACAGGGAACCCUAGUGACCCAUAAGCCAGGGAACUUCCAGAAGCAUUAAAAAAAGAAAAAGAAGAAAAAAAAAAGAAAAGAAAAAAGUUAUAUUCCACUGCCAAGUGGGUAGUCAUUUAGCUGUUUGUCCCUUGAUUUUUAUUUAUUCUAUAAUUAUGUUUGUGCUUUUUCUUGUGUAAACAGUAGUGAGGCAUAUGUUUUUAUGUGGCUUUAGAGAUACUUCAAUCUUCAAAGAACUGUUCCAAUUAGUUCCUUCUUGGAAAAAGUUAUGUGUUAAUUUGUUUCAACAUAUUUAGGCAUUCUUUGAAUUAUAAACUUGUGAUGCAGGGAUUUGUGAAUGAGACAUUCACAUGUGAAGAUGACUUCACCAGACAUCUGUGUAAGCAGAAUAAGAUGUGUAUAUGUAUAUAAAUUAUAAGGAACCUGAACACCAUUGUGCAGUGCCUUUUAGAUGUUCUGCUUUCUAAAGUCUUCAAAUUUUUUGCAUAUAUAUUAUAUAUAUGAUGUAAUGUUAUAGAAAUAUAUGUAUAAUAUACAUAUUUUUUCCAGGGGUAUCUGAUAGCUCUGUAUUUUGUUAUGGAAGUCGAAAGAAAAAAAGUAUUUUACCUCAAAAAUUAAAGUUAAAUUUAAAAACAAA